AUGGCCGUGCGGACCCAGGCCUCCCAUGCAGCUCGAUGGCUGGAGAAUGCUCGGCUGACAGAUGUGCUGGGCAUGCUGGGCCCCUCCAUCCUGCAGCCAGGCGACACGGCAAUUGACGCCACAUGCGGCAACGGCCAUGACACCCUCACCCUGUCACGGUGUGUGGGAGGCGGGGGGCGGGUAGUGGGCUUUGACAUCUCGGCAGCCGCGCUACAGGCCACCCGGCGGCGGCUGGAGGAGGAGCUGGCACCGGAGGCAAUGCCGGAAUUGAAGCUCGUCCACGCAGGGCAUGAGACCAUGCCCGAGCACCUGGGACACGACUCUGCAAAGCUGAUCUGCUUCAAUCUGGGCUAUCUACCGGGCAGUGAUAAGACAGAGGCAACACGAGCUGGCAGUAGCCUGGCGGCUCUCAGCCACGCCUUUGACAUCCUGCAGCCGGGAGGCUUGCUGGCGGUCAUGUGCUACACAGGUCACCCAGGGGGUGCCAGCACGGCUGCCAGUGCCAGUGGGGCCUUGUCGGAGGAGUACACCGAGACCAUGCAGGCCCGCAUGGGCAGCGCCUCUCUUGUGUAUUGCCACGAGGAUGGCAUGAACUACACCCGCAUCCUCGACAACCUGAUCGUGGGAUCCUGCCCGCAGACAGCCGAGGACAUCGAGAGACUGGUGUCGCAGGAGGAGGUGGGCACCAUCCUGUCCCUGCAGGAGGACUCGGACAUGGCCUACUUCGGGUUGGACCUGGCGCCCAUCCUGGCCGCAUGCUCCGGCCGGAUCGACCACGUGCGUCGCCCGCUGCGCGACUUUGACGCACACAGCCUGCGCAUGGGCCUGCCGGCCGCGGUGGCCGCGCUGCAGGGGUCCAUGCAGCGCCAGGGUGGCACCGCCUACAUCCACUGCACGGCAGGCGCGAUGAUGUCCCUGCGCCCCUGCAGCCCCAAGCUGGGCGCCGUGCGAGCGGCCGCGCUGGACGUGCUACAGGGCAGGAAGGCGCGGCGCACGGUCCUGUGCCUGGCCGCCCCCGCCACUUGCCGCCGUGUGCAGGCCGCGGGGCUGGACGUGGGCUGGGGCAACCGCGUGGGGCUGACUCGGCGGGGGCGGGGCUGGGAGCUGCGGCGCGAGCUGCCCCCGGGUGCCUACCCCUACAAGUUCGUCGUGGAGGGGCGGUGGACGCUGUCGCCCGCCCACCCCACGAUGCUCGACGGCGCCAGCACCAACAACGUCCUGCACAUCGAGGGCUGGGAGGCCACGCCGGAGGAGGAGGCAGCCAGUGCCAGGAUCCUGGACGCACAGGGAGACCUGACGGCGGAGGAGGCUGAGAGGAUAAGGGCCGCGCUGCGAGCCGAGGAGGCGGCGCGCUGA